AUGAAGCAGCGUCAUACGCUGAAUCGCUGGGUUCAAGGUCCAGAAAAUAACACAAGCUGUCUGAAUGCUCCAAUUAACCGCAUAUUAGCUCUAUCACGAGCUUUUCCAUUGCCUUGGUUUGACCUCGUGAUCUCUUAUGUCUCGUCACGAAAACUUGCAGCAUUCACCAAGUUUCUUCAUCCUUCAACUCAAAGCGAUCUUCUCGCAGCACUUAAGCUGAAUGGAAAGCCAACAGGAACAUCCUCCAGGAAGACGACCGAGGGGGUCAAUAACAGAGAAGGAUAUCAUAAAUGCAAUCUCGGGGAGAUGUUCAAUAAAGUGUUUCCAGCACAGACUGUGGAAUCGCUAUCACCGAAACGAAGCCAAGCCACUACCCGACCCUGCCUCUCUCUCCUCAGUGUGGAUCACUGCCCUCCGUUGUAUUCUAAGCAGUCGGCCUCUGAUUUGGAAGUGAUCGAUAUUGAACGAUAA